AAAUCUGUUCAGCAAAAAUUGGCUUCAAAUUUUUUAUAUGUAUUUGAUAUUUGUAAGAUUUUGCGAUGUGAAAUAAAUCGAAGAAGACAAUGGUUUCGACCCUAUGGAACAGUUAGAAGAUGGAAUUCACGUUGUCAAUUCUUCUAAUGAAAUCCAGAAAUUAGUAGAAGAGGCCGACAAGAAAUAUCAGUUGCUGACUCUUGCUCUCUCCCGUAUCAAGAAAGAUAUAACUCGGCGAAAUAUUCUGUCAGACGAGAUUGAGGAAAUGAAAAUGAGGCUGAAGGAACAUCAAUCUAGAUUUAUACGACUUAAAGCAGAAUUGAAACUUGUAAGAAAGAGCAUCACUUGUUUGAAGAAGGAGCUUAAACAUGUUAACACAAAGAGAUCCAAAGCCUAUAAGCAUGCUUACGAGCUUGGAGUGCAAUUCAGUAAUGCGACAGAAGAACUUGCACAAAUAGACUUUUGGGUUAAAACCGCACCAAAACCGGGUUUUAGCUUUGUUACAAUCACACGGUUUUGAAGUUGAUACAUUUUAAUUAAUCAAAGUUGAAGUAUCUAGUAAUUGGGAAAUACCACCAAAUGAAGCUGUGAAUGAAAGGAGUUUUGAAGCUGCUAAGGCUACCAAGGCAGCAAUAACUCUAAGGCAGCCUUUGCUCAAGAACAGGAUGAAAGUAUGGCACACAUGAAGUACAUUAAUUUGCCUAUAUGAUCGAAAUUAACCUCAUCGACUUCCAACAAAAAGGAUGCCUCAAGUACAUUUGUGUUCUCUAGUAAAGGUAAUGCAAAUGUAACCAAAAAGAAGUUUAGAAAAAAGAAUGUUACAACUGGAUCACUUAUUGAACUUAUGGAUCGAUAUUGUUGAAUGUGGAAAUGCUUUUGUAUAUGAAAUGAACGGGGUGCAAGGAUGAUAUUAUCGAAUUUAUUGAGAGUAAAGGUGUGCAUGAUCAUAAUUAUUGAAUAUUAUGUCUAUUAAUCUUUGUGGUGCAUAGAGUAACAGGAAGAGGAAGUGGGUAAAAAAACAUUUG